GGGUGAGCACACUGCCUCUCUCUGUUAUUGGCCAACCCCUUACUUACGACUUCCUAAUAUGGAACAGUGACUUCAUUCAUAAAAGUAAAGUCGUCGCGUUCGCCGAUCAGUUCCCGAUAUCAGUUCGGUGCGAGUAGGUGCGCGAUUCGUAACUAGACAGCAGACAGAGCGUUAUUUCUUAUAGUUCAGUGCGCGGAUAUUCGCGCUUUCGUUGAAAGUGCCCGGGUGGCGUAAAAACCAACCAAAAAGUGGCAAAAUGAUCAUGGACACUUUAGACACGCUGCCUAAUCAGCACCACCACCACCAUCAUCACCAUUCUUCUGCAUUUUUACUGACGGAAAGUGCCGCGGCUGCAGCCGCUGGACAUCACUUUAACGUGCUCAGUUUUGACACAUGCUUAUACAAAACAGGAACUAGCAGUAACAGUGGAGGUAGUCCGAUACCCGCUUCGAUUUGUUCCCCGUGCGAGGACCCUUCUCCUUCGGAAGCGCAACCUGGCGAUCUAAACACCCCCGUCACGACUUCCAGCGACGCUCCUUCCUUCUUCGGACCUAGUACUGUCGUGGAACCACCACCUAUAACAGGUUCCUUGGAUCCCGAAGAAUUGUCAAUCGAGCAACAACAUACCAGCCCACACCAUUCGCCUAGCAGUCAUAUCACGGAGCGUGCGACGCCUCAAGAUUCCGCUUUAUCGCCGAGUUUGAGGGAAGAAGAAAACACGAAUCACAGUACUUUAAGUAUGUAUCCGCAUUCGAGUAACAACAACAUGGCAAAAUUACAACACCGCACCAUCUAUACAUCAGCUGGCAGUCCGAACAUGUCGGGUAGUAUACAGAUGCAGAGUGGUAGUCCAUUAGGAAUGCCCAACCAGGGUAUGGCUCAUUCACCGUCCGCAGUUAACCAAUGGUUAUUGUCUUCAGGUGAUAAACCUAUGUACCCGUCGAUGUUUGGUCUACUACAAGGUUCAUCGCAAAGCCCUCAACAGCAGUAUCCUUCCGCUACACCCAGUCCGGCAGGACCACAAUACGAUGACAGGUCGCAAACAGAUCAACUCAUGUUCAGUACGGAUUGCGGCAGUAACUUGGCGCUCAAACAACCACCAUCUUAUCCAAGUUGUUCGGGUGCCAGUACCAAUAUCCAGCUGGAUAUGCAGCAAGAUCUAGUAUACUCAAGGGUGGGCCAGCCAAUGGGCACGCCCAAGUACCAGUGGGAAAGUCAGGACUAUGGCGGCCAAAGUUCUAGUGCAUUAGUGAUCCCAGGGCCAUCUUCUCUCAUUCCGAAACAAGAACCUUUUAGUGGCUCGUGUAGUGACCUUGGACAGAGUUCUAGUUCGAAUUACAACGUGCAAUUAGCCGAAUACAACCCUUCGACGAGCAAGGGUCACGAGAUUCUUAGUCAAGUUUACCAACAGAGUCCGAUUCCUCUGAAACUCGUACCGGUGAAACCCCGGAAGUAUCCUAAUAGGCCUAGCAAAACCCCGGUGCACGAGCGGCCGUAUGCGUGCCCCGUAGAAAACUGUGAUCGAAGAUUCUCGAGGUCGGAUGAACUCACGAGACAUAUCAGAAUACAUACGGGACAGAAACCGUUCCAGUGUAGGAUCUGUAUGAGGAGUUUUUCGAGGUCGGACCACCUGACGACGCAUAUAAGGACACAUACGGGUGAAAAACCCUUCUCGUGUGAUAUCUGUGGCAGAAAGUUUGCGAGGAGCGACGAGAAGAAACGACACGCAAAGGUGCAUCUAAAGCAGAGGAUGAAAAAGGAAAGCAAGCUUGGUAGCAGCUCGUCCCAAACCUCGUCCUCGGUUCAACAGCAGACCUCGCAACAGACCUCCCACCACCACCACCUUCACCCGCACCAGCAGGUGGCGCCGCAUCUACACCAAAGCCACACGGUGACCAGCGAGGACCCCAUGAGCCUUCCCCCUGUCGUCACGACGACGCUUUGAGAAGGCGAAACCGGGCCACGGCCCGGAGAAUGUGUACUACUCAUUCAAGAUUACUGUGAUUUAGAAAUCGAAGAGACCAGGAUCAUUAUCGUUCAACUCGAGUAGGAUCCAGGGUAAAUUUUGUCGAGGCCAACACGUGACACAUUGGUGGUUCAAGAUCUUCACUUAGGUACGCUCAGCAAUGUCUACGUUGGUUCAUUGAAGAUUAUUUUAACCCUAAAUUGCAAACUGUAAGAUCAGAUUUUAUCUUUGUACAUCCUAAUAUUACCAAACGGUAAGAGUUGUUUUUUAAUAGACAUACCUACAUAAGAUAAAUCCAGUAGGUACUACUUUUCAAUGAAAGACUUGCCCAAAUAUUUUUUCUUAUAAAUCUAAAUAAAUCACAUAUACUAAAUAAGUUAUUUUUCACCGUGAAUUCAUUAUUUAAAUUCAGCAAUAUAUCUAUGUUAUUUUCUUAAAUUGUGCCAUAAGUAUUAUCUUAGUUUUGCAUUUUAAUAACUUUUACAGGCUUUCAAUUAAUGAUAUUUCUAUGAUUUGCUACAUUAGUGUCCUUUUUCCAUGAAAAAUUUCUUUAGCCAUUAUCCCUAGUCCUACUAGAAACUCAAAGACUAUUCGUAUUAGUGAUUAUAUGAUUUGUUACAUACGUCUAUUAGCAAAACAACUCUUAUAUCAAAUCUGCUGAGAUAGUAAAAGGGCUACGAGAGUUCUAGCUAUUUUCCCAUGUAAAAUCCCAUAAGAAAUCGCUAAGGUCCGUUCUGGUCAUUUUUGACGCUUUUGACCUGACUACAGGCUGACUCGAUCUGACUCGAUGCUGAGUCGAGUUAGCGGUGAGUCGGCGUCGAGUCAGCCUGUAGUCAGGUCGAGUCAGCUUUGCGCAAAAACCGUCACAAUGACCAGAAUGGACCUUAGCGAUUUCUUAUGGAAUUUUACAUGGGAAAAUAGCUAGAACUAUCCUAGCCCUUUUACUUGAGAUCUAGGAUUUUUCGUGAAAAGCGAAGAUGCACUGAAGAUACCUGAUUAUUUUGAUCUCUAGAGGCCUAUUAUAUAGAGCCGAAGUAUGUCUUUUAAGUCUGUGCCAUUUUUUCUUUUAAAAACAGUUACAGGGUGUUUACCUACAUAAAGGUCUAAAAGAGGCCUUAAACACGAGAGAUAUUCUUAAUAACUGCUUUUACUAAAACUAUUUUUAUUAGAUUGACUUCUACUACAUGUGUAAGUGUGUUGCCAUUGUAUCGUACACCCUGUAUACUAAUUAUUAUCAAUAAAGUUAAAAUUGGCUAUUUGAUAAUAGUAAAACUAUGGAAGACAAAAUUAUAAAGAAAAAACGACUGAUAGAAAAUAGAUUCAAAGAUGUUAUCAAAAACUUUUCAACUAUUUUUAAAAAAGUAGUUGGAUACAUUAUGAAAUCGGCGUCCAAAUAUCUUUUCCCCCUUUUUUAGCUGUCUUUUGCCAACUUAUUCAGUUCUAUGAAUAAUUUUUUAUACUUGAAACGUAUUUGGACGAUGCUGUAUCACUAGAAAAAUGAAAUGUCACAGUAUUUUGUUCCCAGUUCUGUGAAACACAGACUGAUAAAAACGCUCUAAAUAGGAAGGUUGUUAAUAAUUGAAAAAAAACUUAUUUUUGUAAUUUUGGAAACUGGUUGUUGAUAUUGUAUAUUUUAUUUUAAGUAGUGUUCUAAACACACGAUCAUAGAUUUUUUAACAUUAUAGAAACAAAGUAACAAAGAGCUUUAAUUAUUAAUAUAGGUUAAAUUUCAAAGUUCACUUUUAAAAUAAUUUUUGCCAAAUAACAAAAAAUGUUGACGUUACAUUUCAAAACAUUCCGUACUAUUUUUAUCCAUUUCGUCUUUUUUGUUCUUGUUCGUAGGUAUUCUAUUUAUUUUUGUGUAGCUUUUAAGAGAAUGAACUAAAAAACACGUCAAUAUCUUUAUGCAGUUUAUAGACAAGUUGUUUUCCAACGCACAUUUGUAGAGGUACCACAAAAAAUUCUUACCAAAGAACAAGAACUUCUGAAACACUUAAGAAGUGUUUUAUCUGUUUUAACAGAUCUGUUUACAAUAUUUUCACUUGUACAGGGUUUGGUCUUAAGGUGUAUUAGUAUAAACUGAAGUUUUUCAUUGCUCAUUUUACAUAUUUUGUAUAUUUUUAUGUAACAAUUAUUGCUUUAAACAAACAUUGUACAUAAAAGUGACAAAAAAUUUUCAAACACCCUGUAUAAUAUAUUCAGAUUUUGGUUACAAACAAAUAGUUUAUUUAUCAUAAAAUCCUUAAACCCAUGAUAAACUAUAAUUUAGGGGCAUUUAUAAAGAAGGAUUUGUUCGAAAAUCGCUACUUUACGGGGACAUAGCCCAUAAAAAAACUAUAACACUGCACUGCACUGGGUACAUAUGAAAGAAAAUAAAAGUAACUGACGAAACGACCUGUUCAAGAUCUCCAGCGGGGAUUAAUUCAUUUCUCACGCAUGUAUGUUUUUCGCUGGUAAAACAAAACUCCCUCCUCGUGACAACUUCCUAUCUAGAGAAAUCUGACAUAAGGCAUCUGCCAAAUGACUACAACCACUCUUAACUCUGUUAGCGGCAAUUUCCUAUGCAAAUAAAUGAUUCGAUUUUGUUUAUUCCAAUAGACGCUUUCAAGACCCAGGUAUUACAGAGAAAGCAUUAUUUGAUGGAAUUAAGAUCGUAUAGCGAGAGAUCUACCGAGAGGAAGACCACAGAUGAGAUGGGUUGAUGAUAUUAAAAGAAUAGCGGGAACAAAUUGGAAAUAUGUUGCUCAGAAUAGAUACCGAUGGAAGGAGUUGGGAGAGGCCUAUGUCCAAACGUGGACGAUAGAAGGCUAAGAAGAAGAAGAAGACCGACAUUCAUUGUAUGAUCGAGGCGAAGAUCGGUGGGAUAUGCGCAUUUUAUCAAUGAAAUUCGAUAUUUUUAAGACAUUCCAGAAGCCGCUACAGAUAAAAUGUUUUAACAACCCAUUAAUCAUUCAGAAUUAGUCGACGGAUAUUAGUACAGUUAAAAUAAUUAAGACAAUAACUGGACCAUAAUGAUUUAAUGAGUGAAAUUUAAAGUUUUUUCUACUUUAAUGACAAAAAAACAAGCUCAUUAACAGAACCCAAUUAAAAAUUAUUUUGCACAUCAUAUUUGAAACAUUAUUUGGUUGAAAAGUCUCAUUUUUGUUGGCAAACAAAUAUAUUAAUUUGUCUGGACUAAAUUACAGUUCUGUUUAUCUUAAAAGGGAUAUGUUACUAUCAACAUUCACACAGUGUUGCCAAACUGAAUUUUAUUAUUUUGAGUGUAAAUUUUCCCAGCGAUCUCCGAGGGUCUUUGCACUCAAGAAGAAAGCAGUUCGUAUGAGUUUCUUCACUUAUUUUGGAAGUACAAGAAAAAUUAUACACGCAUGUGUCAAAUAUGAAAUUUUCUUCUAAUUUUCCUGUAUUUAUUGAUUUUUGAUCAAAUCCUUCUGUAUAACUGACCUCAACAAAAUAUUGUUGCCAUAAAUGUUGCCAUAAAUGCUAAAAUAUAUAAGAAUUUUUUGAAUGUCCUCAUAAACCAGCCUGGAAAUAAGGAAAAUAUCAAGAUUGCCUUAAGAAGUGUCUUUAAUAUAGUAAGAUUUCAACACAAUGCUGUGCGAGUACUAUUCUAGUUACCAUUUACUAAAGUCACUUCAUCCUAAAAGCGAUGUAAAAUUUCAAAAUCAUUGGUCAAAAAAAUUAAAAAUGUCAUUUUUUAUUUUAUGGUUUAAAUGCUCAUAAUUUUCUUUGUCUCAACUUUUCCACACUUUUACCUAAUAAAACAUUUGUCCUACUUCUUGGUUUUAGUUUCUGACCAUGACUUCUCAACAUGACUUUAUAAAAGAGCACAGCACACAUCUUAUGGAAAAUAUAAUGUCACUCAAAUGCAACAAAAUUAACAUGAAUAGAUUCGUCUCGAAAUUUCAAUCAUUUCAUUUUUUGCGCCAACUCAUAAUUUUGGUUAUCAACGGCAUAAAUUGAUAGAAAUAAAUCUAAAAUCAAAUGGGUAUGUACGUGAGGGGAUUUCGUAAAUCGGCAGUUCAUAAAUCUUUCUGUAGGUAUUAAGGCAGAGGUUUACUCUUAUUUUAUAGAUAAUAAAGUAGAUAUAAUUUGGUCAGUCGUACCAAAGUAUAUAGUUCCUCUAAUCGGCUUAGCUCACGCUGGGUUAAGCUGUUUGCAAUACGAAGCUAGGAGAAAUAAUCCCCGGGCAAAUAAUCCCGGACAAAAAAUCCACUCAAAUUAUCCCUGGACAAAAAAUCCCCGGACAAAAAAUCCCCACAGAAAAUCCCGGACAAAAAAUCCCCAAGACAUACUUGCUGUCGAAUAGUUCUCUAAAAGUUUUCCUGAAAUUUUAACAAAUUUCGAAUUCCAAUUCCAUGCUGAAAACUUUAAAUUAUGCAUGACAAAAAAGUGAGUUUUUUCAAAAAUUGUGGAAAAUAUGGCGAAUGAGCUAAGACCCCGUUUUCAUGACUGGCGCUUAACACGUGAUUACAACUACUACAUACAUUUUACUUGAGACCGUUCACAUGCCAACACGCGUCUUAAUGACCUAAAACGCGAGUUAGCAUGUGAACGGUCUUCAGUAAAAUGUAUAUAGUUGUAAUCGCGCGUUCUAAAAACGCGCGUUAAGCGCCAGUCAUGAAAACGGGGCCUUAGCUCAUUCCGCAUAUCUUUCACGAUUUUAGAAAAACCUCACACUCUCUUGUCAUGUAAAAUUUGAAGUUUUCAGCAUGGAAUUGAAAUUCGAAAUUUGUUAAAAUUUCAGGAAAACUUUUAGAGAACUAUUCGACAGCAUAUAUUUCUUGGGGAUUUUUUGUCCGGAAUUUGUGUGGGGAUAUUUUGUCCAAAAAAAUUUGUGGGGAUUAUUUGUCCGGGAUUUUUUGUGGGGAUUUUUUGCCCGGGGAUUUUUUGUCCGGGGAUUUUUUGUCCAGGGAUAAUUUGUGAGGAUUUUUUGUCCGGGAUUAUUUGUCCGGGGAUUAUUUGUCCGGACCCCUUGCAAUUAGGGCUUACAAUACCGAGCCAAAAUCUCAAUACCGGUAUUUGGUAUUUAAAAUUUCAAAUACCGGGAUCCCGGUAUUAAAACCGGUAUUAUGAAUAAAAAAUAUACACGUUAUAUUUAUACUAUCCUCCAAAAUAUAUUGAUACAAAGAUUAAGUUACUGUGACAUAAUAUAUUCAAUAUAGAUUACUCUGUAUGUAGACUGCUAUAUAUUUUGAAUUAUAAAUAAUUCAGAAAAUAAGUGAGCCUAAUUUAUACACCACAAUACACAAAAAAAUGAAAAAUAGAUCUAAAAAUUUAAAACAAUUCUGAUUAUCUUACGGCUUAUUUAUAAAAUAAAGUAGUCUAAUUUUAAAAAUUUAAGAAUUUUUAUAUAACUCAUUUCAGUGGCGGCUCGUAUAACUUUAGGAAGGUAGUGCCAGAAUCCGGGCAGCUGCCUAAAUUUUUUGUGGCGGUUUUACGAUAUGGUCAAAAAGGAUAUAAAAAAUAAAUAGAGUAUCACGAUAAGCUGAAUUUAAUUGGGUUUUUAUAUUUAACUUACCAAGCAUUGAAAAGCUAAAAACGUUAUUCAUGUGCACUUUAGAUUUUUCAUUGGAUUUCAAUUUCUCCCAUAUAUGUACAAGAUCAUCGGUGCCUUUGUUUGACCAAGUCUCGUCACCUCCAAACAAAACGCAUACAAAACAGAAGAGUUUAUUAGUUUGUUCGCAACCACACAACCAGCUAUUUUUAUCAUAAAUAAUUUUAUUAAACUUACGACAGCGAAGUUUUUGUCCAUUUCCACUUUGUUUUUCAAUUUUUAAAUCGGGUAAAGGCCGACCGAGUUCUUUAAUAUGUAGUUUUUUUUUCUAACGAAAAACCACCAAAAGAGUUUUUUAAUAUACUAAUUUGAUUCAUUGUCAAUAAAUAAAUUAAACGUAGAAAAUAAUCAAAAUAUUAUUUUUAUACCUACGACACCCACGAUCACAACGCACUAACUAAUAAUUACAAAUUAAAAAAUAUAGUAGAGUAUAAACACAAAUAUACAAUACAGUAGUAGACAAUAAACACAAUAGCGUCAAGCGAACGCGUAAAGAAACUAGAAAUAUGUAGAUCUAAAACAUUGUAUCUUAAGAUCCACUAACUUCCUUUUCGAGAUUUCGAGCCUGGCACGGAGACUCCAAUUUAAACGUAUGUUAAAAGUGCAAUACCGCUCUCUCUCUGUCACUUACACAGGAUGCUCAUACAAUCUUUCUCUUUUCUCACGAGCCACUAUGCCGUUCGGCACUGGGAUUUUUAUGAUUUUCAUCCUUUAUCCGGUCAGCUGUGGGUGGCCAGAGUCGGUAGAUUUGCAUUGCGCUACACAGUUGCCAGAUUUGAUAUAAUUUAUAAAAAUAAAGAGAAAUAUUCACAAAAAAAAUAAACAGGCAUUAAAAUGUUUUUAAGAUAAAAAAUAUGUUUCUGCAUAGUUAGCAAGGUAGUGCCAUGGCUCUAUGGCACUACCUCACGGGCCGCCACUGACUCAUUUUAUGUAUUUGUAUAGACGAGAUUUAAUAAUUUGCUUGUAGAAACUGGUACAACCCUUCGCCUGAAAUUAACGACAUUCACGCUUUUAGAAAGCGCUAUACUUGACUUGUAUAUGUGUAAUAAACGUGUUUUAUCUUCAAAAAUAAUGUCUUGUUAUAGCAAAAUAGUUAUUUAUGCAACAGUUCGUGAAGUAUGCUUUUUGCGAACGCACGCGAUUUUUAGAACAUGAGCGACAACGGAGCGAGUGCUAUAAAUCGCGUAAGUUCGCAAAAAGUACUUCACGCACAGUUUCAAACAAUAUUUUAUCUACGAUAAACAAAUAAAAAAGCUGUACCUAACUCUUCGUCACUGUAAUUCAUUUCUAUUCUACAAUUUUUAGAACUGUGACAUUUAAAAAUUCUAUCUACCUUCAAACCACAAAACUGUCAAAACUUUUGUUCUAAUUCAUUGCUCAUAUUGUCAUCACCAUGACAACGCGAAAGUUAAGGAUUUUCACCAUGACAACGCGAAAGUUAAAAACAGUGCGAAAAAGUAAAUCCCGUUUAAAAUACAUUGUUACUUCACGCACACUUUAAAUUCUUCACGGACUGCUAUCUAUAAUGACAGUUUUCACAAACUAAAAACUUAUACAUAAUAUGCCAUAGAGUAGAUAAAAUAUUUUAGAAGAAAGUUUAUUGUGCAUCAAUUCACUUUUUAUAAAUUAAGCUAGUACCGAAAUACCGGUAUUUUUUAUUAUAAAUACCGGUAUCGAAUACCGAACAAAAAUCGUCCGGGAUUCCGGUAUUCGGGAUCCCGGAAUCCCGGUAUUGUAAGCCCUACUUGCAAUACCGAGUAGACUAAUAGUAUUUAUAAAUGACUAUUUUAUGAACUUCAAAAAUGUGAUUUCCAUAAACUUUAAUUAUAAUCUACGCAGUUAUUAAUCAAAAUUCAGAGUUAGCGCAAUUAUAUAUAUGACUGUAAUUUUGAGACGAAUCUAAUGUAAAAUUUAUUGAAUUUGAGUGACAUUAUAUUUUCCAUAAGAUGUGUGUGGUGUCCUUUGUGAAGAUUUUUUUACAAAUACAUUAAAACAGAGACACAACAAGCCAAAUGCUUUGAAAGCUGCUUUUCCCUAAAUUAUCAAUUUAAAUAAAAUGAUUUCCAAAUACCUUUACUUGUGAAUAUAUUCUUCCUGGUUGUCGUCACAUGUUUUCAUUCAAAUGAUGGUAACUACCGAAAAGUUGAAAUACACUCAAAGCCUUUACAAAACAUUCUUAAAAACUGCCAUUUUGGACGUUUAUUUAUGUUUACGUUCCAAUUUACACGUUUCAUCCAUUUAAUACCAAAACUUUUGUAGAUUUUUGCCACACGCGUACGUUGUGACAGAUUUAAUAAUUGCGACAAUCAUUUUUGUAAUAAAAUUGUUUUUACGUAAUUUUCCACGUGACUUUUACUAAAUGGCGGUCUGUACUCUUUAUAAAAAACUAUGAGUAGAAAAAUCAUACUGUAUACUGUGGUGCUAUCCACCCAAAAAAUAGCUGAAAACAAUAUUAUAGAUCUAACAGUUUCGUUCAAAGUAUUUUAUAAAUGUGUAUAUUGUAAAUUGUGUACAUAGAAGAAUAAUUUAAAUUAAAUAACAUUAUUAAGUUUGUAAAUAUUGAAGAUUAUAAUUAUUAAAAAUUGUUAAGAAAGUCGGCUGUUGUAAAAAUAACUGUUGUUGAAAGAGCUCAUUCACACACACUGCUCGAAAUAAUUAGGGGAACAACGAGUCUCUCAAACGUUUAAUAGUUGCACUAUGCUAAUCCAUUCAUCAAGAUCUGACAAACUUUUCCUCUUUUCAUUUUACUCAUUUUACUAUCAUUUCCUCUUUCCCUGUUGCUGGGCACUUGCAAAUAAUCUUAUAUACACGUACCAAUGUGAUAUAAAGUUGGUAACAUUGUGUUCUACUAUAUUUUAUACAAUGGAGAUAUUUUUACAAAAUCUAAAUGUUGGCACCUCUGCUUCCACAUUUAUUCGUUAGCCAGCAUUGGCGUUCUGACAAUGAUGAAUUUAUUUGUUACUGCUUUAAAAAUCUCGUCUUUGGUGUUGCAAACAAGUCCAUAUCUUCACAGCACAAACAUCUCCACCAUCCAAAAAGAAAAAAAAAGGCAAAAAAUCCUCGGACAAAACUUUUUCAUCCUCCAACGUCUGAAAUGGUGAAUAAUGCUAUAAAAUUCCCAAGGAAAGAGGUGUUCUUCUCUUUCACCAAAGAAGCUGUGAAAAUAAUUCAUCAUUCAUCCAACAAUGGUAGCGUCAGGAUAUUUCAAUGUAGCAUCUACCUCAUCGUCGUCUCCUGGAUCUGCAAAGCCUAGUGCAGGAAAAAAAAAGAAAGCUGAAGGAAAUACUAAACCCAAAAAAAGCCGCCGCUACCAAACGUUCUGCUACUAGGAAAAAGCCAAAAUCUGCAAAGAAAAUGACAAACCUAUAAAAGCCGCAUCAUAAACAGGGCAAAAACCGGCCAAGACAAAGAGAGUUGAAAAUAAGUCAGCAGCUAAAACUGCGUCAUCUUCAUUCGCAGUUCUGCCUUCUGUACAAGCGAAAGUAAAAACACCAAUUAAAGCGAAGAAAUCAAAUAAAGGCAGUCCCACGAAAAUAGGCACCAAAACCAAAGACCGUCAAGGCGACAAGUACACCAAAAGCUAAAAACGCUGCUCUAAUAUCUCCAAAUUAUUAAAAACUCAUGUGUUUGGUCUUAAUUUCCAUGCUAUAUUAGAAUAAUCGUUACCUCAUUUUCCUCGAUUUCGAUUUAAGCUGUUUGACUAAAUGCCUGUAUUAGUAUAUCUCAUAGCAAAUCAUCAUCAUCAUUGGCUCUACAACCCAUAAUGGGUCUUUGUAUGUUCUAGGAUCAGCUUCUACUCCUUCCUGUUGGAAGGAUGGAAGAUUUUCCUUGGUUCAUUCCUUUAUUUUCCAAUUUCGUACUCUUAAAACUUGUAAGUAGUCUUCCACCUGGUCCUUAAAUCGUCCUCUGGGGCUGCCUCUUCUCCUUACUCUAGCCGGUCUUUGGUUAUAAAUGUGUUUCGACGUUCCCAUCAGCCCCAUCUCGCUCGUUCUCUGCAAGUGGCCUAGCCACCGCAACCUGUUUAUUUUGGUGGACCUACCAAUACUACAGUACCAUUAUAGGUUCCCUAUAAAGGCGGGAAAGCUCAAAAUUAUAGCGCCUUUAUAGCGCCUAUGCCAUAACUUGUUUUCCUGCAUGCCUUAAAUAUGUCUGAAGAUCUCGUAGCAAAUACAUUAAAUCUCAAGUAAAUCAACCUGAUUUUUCCCUCACCUGAAUAUUUUUUUAAAUUUUUUAGUUGUGAAAAUUAGAGGUUUAAAGUAAAUAUUUGGGUCUGCUUAUAUGAGCUUUAUUUUUGAUCGUUUGACGAUAAAAAUGUGUUUUUUUAUUAUUUGAUACUUCGACAUUUGGAUUCGAUUAGUAUUAUUUAUUAAACAACGUCCUGAGAAACCCACUAGGACUUCCUCAAUUUUUUCGAGCACUGUAUAUCGGGAGACCAUUGAACGAUCUCACAAUUCACACAAAAAUCAUCUUGCCAAGUAAAAAUUUUUAAAAUUAUUAUCAAACAAGUAAAGACGUGAAAUUUUUCAAUGGAUGUCCUGAAUUUUAUCUCUUCCCUCAUUUUGCACAUACCUGUCUAACUUUAAGUAUAUUUUUAUAUACAAAAUAUUUGGCUGAAAGGUACAGCUGUAAGAUCAUUGUUAAUUAGAGUUUUAUAAUGGUUUCUAAAACAUGGAUUUAAUCAGAAAGAACCGAAGUGAAAGUUUACUCAACAUUAGAAAUCAAAAAUGUUAAUAGGUACCUUUAAAUUUUGGUUCUUUUAACUACCCAAUAUGGUUUUUAUACUAAAAAUUGAUACAACUUACACAAUGUUUUUGUUUCAGUUUAUAAAAAUAUGUCAGGAUUAACAGUUUCAACAUAGGGUUUACAUUUUUGUUUCAGAUUUUAACCAGAGGAUUCCGAAUAUAAAUUUGUUUGUCCAAUAUUGUGUUUUUAAUUUUCUGUAUCAUCUUACAUACACACUCAAGCACACUGCAUUAAUAAAGGAUUUUCUUCUGCCAGAUGUCUUAAAUAUAUUUUGUUAAGUUAAAGAAUCCUAUAUUGUUUCGUACAUAUUUUUUAUUAUUCUUUUGUCAGCUCAACCUUUAUGGCUGCAAGUAUUAUUUUUAUCUUCAUAAGUUUUCUUCAAUACUGUAUGUCCAUGUUAUCACAACAUAUUGUUGUGAUAUUGUUGAUUCCUGUUGUGGAAUUGUUUAAGUUAUACUUAGAAAAACCAUUCGCAGAAGCAUUAGCAGACUCUAAUAAGAGUAUGAUAACCAAACGAUAGUUGAGACCUUGAGAUUAAAAGCAAGGCCAGAGUAGAACAAGCCAGAAAUGCUUUUUUGAAUUUUUGAAACUUCGUAAAUUUCUGACUGAUCACAAGUUGGAUUUCAACCUAAGAUACAAGAUGCUAAGGUGUUACGUUUUUUCUGUUCUCUUAUACGGAAUUGAAGUAUGGACUUUAAAGGCCAGAUCAAUGCUUAGACUAUCAUGGAAGGACAGUCAGAAAUGAGAAAGUAUCAAUAAUAAUAGUGGGACUCCAGAAUAGGGAACUUUUUGAUUAUGGGACACAAAUCUGCUUAUUAGGACCCAUAUUACUUUUCAGCAACUAAUACUGGAAAGAAAGAUAAAAGGUAAGUGAGGUCUAAGACGUAAGAAGACUGACUAUAUCUAACAGAUAUUAGGUAGUAGGUAUUAAAUUCCUGACAAGACAAUGUACGGCAGACGCCAUAGCAGAAAUGCACAAUAUCUUAAGAAGCAGAGUUGUAUUUACCAUUAUGUGAUGUACUUUAUAUGGUUUAAAAUGUAUGUAGAUGCUCUCUUUCCAGCUUGCCCUAUUUUCCCUUUUCUUUGUCUUUCUCUAGAAAUGCACGGUGGAACAUAAAAGUUCAUUAAUAUACGGCCAAGUGUUUAUGGUAGUAACCUAAAUGGUUUUUACGAUUAUCUCUCGAACGGUCUAUAGUUGAGCCAUUUCAUUUCAGUUUAAGCUACCCCAAGUGCCUGUAAUGAGAGGUGAAUACUUCAAAACACGUGUAGAGCAAUGGAGCUUGAAUUGAACAGAAAGGCUUAUACUUUCAUUUUAAGUAAUUAUGUUUCCUUUGCUAUAAAUAUAGUAUACAAAUCGACAAAAUACACAACUUCAAAUCAUAAAUACAUUUUAAUAUGUUAAAAUAACAAAAAGGAAUAUUCCAAAAACUUCUAUACGUUUUAUAUUCUCCUAUUAAAUUUUUAUUAAACCAUAUUUUAGUGUUAAGUGAACUUUUCUCCAGUUUUCUACUUCUAAAACGAUAUUGGGUCAACUUUCGCAUAAGCUCGAGCAAAAAAUGUCACGUCAUUUACCUUUUGGUGUAGGUCAAUAGUUGACCUUUUGCCAUUUUCUGCUAAUAAACUAUCUCGUCCGACUAAUAGAAAGCAAUUUCAGACCUGGUGAAACAAAACGCAAACGCUAAGUGUGUUCUACUUUUUUGUGCUGUUGUUGUUAACGUUGUUGUUGAUCGGUUUCGUUGUUAUGUCUCGAUGAAAACCUUAUUUUUUUUCUUUUACAACUAAAUUGAUUAUAGUUACUUUCAUUACUUUAUAUUUGUGUUAGUAAGAAUAUACAGGGUGUUUCAAAAAAGAUAACACCGUCUCUAGGAUAGCUAAAAAACUGAAAAAUAAGUUUUCACGAUACAGGACGUUGAAGAACAACAUUUUACAUCUUUUUUACAACUUUGCCGAAACUACUGUCAAUAUUUUAAUACAAUUUGGUGGAAUUUAAGAGGUAGUUAUUGUGCUUUUUUCGACUUACAAUUAAGAAUUUUAUAUUCAUCAUUGGACCGCAUACGGAUAAUGGUCUGAAUUCUUGAAAGAAAAAAUUGGUAUGCCACUGAGAUAUUUCAAAUUAAAAAUUAUUUUUCAAUUCCUCGUUCAAUUUAUUACAAAAAAUCUAUCUUGUCUUUUUCAUACGCGUUAUAGGUAAACGUUAAGAUAUUUUAUUUUUUUGCAUGAAAAUGGCGAGUCGUAUGAAAAAAGGAAAGAUAGAUUUUUGUCACAAAUUGAACGAGGAAUUCGAAAAUGAUUUUUAAAUUUAAAUAUCUCAGUGGCGUAAAAUUUUUUUUAUUUAAAAUAUUCAGACCAUUCUUCGUAUGCGCGCCGAUAAUGAAUAUAAAAUUCUUAACUGUAUGUUGAAAAAUGAACAAUUACCUCUUAACACCCACCAAAUGUCAUUACAAUGUUGUCAGUAGUUUCGACACAAUCGUAAAAAAUGUGAAAUUAUUUUUUCUUCAACGCCCUGUAUCAUGAAAAGGAAUGGCGUUAUACAUUUUUUUUUAAAUCAAACCCCAAUUAUUUUUCAGUUUUUUACCUAUCCUAGAGAACGUGUUACCUUUUUUUGACAUACCCUGUAUAGUAAAAAAAAACAAUUUGUCAUUUUUAACUGAACAAAUGCAGUCAAAUUAUUUUUUGCCUAUAACUUUUAUCUUCGGUUCUUUCUGAUUAUGAAAAAAUUUUUUACUACGUUGAAAAAAGCAAAUGAAUUACAGCGAAUAAAAUUUUAAUUAUUGUUUAUCACUUUUAUUGUUCUUUGGUCUCGCACUACGGUUAAAUUUUUGAAUUUUUGAAUUUUCAUCAAUCAAGGAGGCUGUUGUUUCAUUAUUAAUGUGAUAUUUGACUACAUAUUUCGAUAUUAAAACUGUUGUCACCCCCACCCAAUAAAGAAAACCCUAAUAUGAGUGACAAUGAGGUGGUUCCGAAAUUUUUAAUUCCACCAAAAGGAAAAAAUCAAUGGCCCUUUUAUUCCACCAAAAAUUACCAUCUUAAAGUAGUAUUUAGCUUCACUAAGAUAAACGAAAAGAAGUAUUAAAAUUUCAUUGAAUGAUGCUUUCAAAUUGAUUUUCUAUUCGCUCUAAUAUUUUGUCAGAACUUGUGCUUUUGGUGGAAUUAAAAAUUCUGAGCUACACUGUCACUUUAUUAUCAAUUGUACAUGUUAAUUGUUAAAUCUUAAGAAACUUUACUAAAACCAUAAAAACAACGUUGAUGUGUAAUACAUGGUUGUGUCAGCUAUAUAAAUCUUACCGAAUCAGAAAAUAAAAAACUGCUGAUUGAAAUAUU